GGAGGAGGAGGCGGCGCCGCCGCCGCCGCAGGCAGCACGGGGAAGCGGCCGGGCUGCCCGGGAGGGCAGGGCUGGGUCCGGCCCCUGCCCGGCGGGGCCAUGGCGCUGCGGGCCCGGGCGCUCUAUGACUUCAGGUCGGAGAACCCGGGGGAGAUCUCGCUGCGGGAGCACGAGGUGCUGAGUCUCUGCAGCGAGCAGGACAUCGAGGGCUGGCUCGAGGGGGUCAACAGCCACGGCGACCGCGGCCUCUUCCCGGCCUCUUACGUGCAGGUGAUCCGGGCUCCGGCCGCGGAGCCGCCCGCCCCUGCCGGCGGGGCCCGCUACGCCAACCUGCCCCCCGGCGGCUUCGAGCCCCUGGUACCCCCGGCUGCCUUCAACCCCCCCGUCCAGCAGCUCCCCCCUCCGGCGGCGGCCGAGCCCUUCCCGCUGCCGCCCGCCUUCCCGCCCGCGCCCUACAGCGGUUCCUACCAGCCCAGCCAGGGCAGCGACGACGACUGGGACGAUGACUGGGACGACACCUCCACGGUGGCGGACGAGCCGGGCGUGCUGGGCAGCUCCUACCCGGACUACGAUGCGGCGGGGGGCGGCGGCCCCACCUCGGCCCGGUACCGCCUCUCCACCCGCUCGGACCUCUCGCUGGGCUCCCGCAACAGCCAGCAGCCCGGUCACCCCCACCACCACCCCGGCGGCGGGGCCAAGAGCUCAGCCACGGUGAGCCGCAACCUCAACCGCUUCUCCACCUUCGUGAAGUCGGGCGGGGAGGCGUUCGUGCUGGGCGAGGCCUCUGGCUUCGUGAAGGACGGGGACAAGCUGUGCGUGGUGCUGGGCCCCUGGGGGCCCGAGUGGCAGGAGAACCCCUACCCCUUCCAGUGCUCCAUCGAGGACCCCACCAAGCAGACCAAGUUCAAGGGCAUGAAGAGCUACAUUGCCUACAAGCUGGUACCCAGCAACACCGGGCAGCAGGUGCACCGCCGCUACAAGCACUUUGACUGGCUCUAUGGGCGCUUGGCAGAGAAGUUCCCUGUCAUCUCCGUGCCCCACUUGCCCGAGAAGCAGGCCACGGGCCGCUUCGAGGAGGAUUUUAUCUCCAAGCGUCGCAAGGGCCUGGCUUGGUGGAUGGACCACAUGUGCAGCCACCCGGUGCUGGCUCAGUGCGAUGCCUUCCGACACUUCCUCACCUGCCCCAGCACUGAUGAGAAGGCCUGGAAGCAGGGCAAGCGCAAAGCCGAGAAGGACGAGAUGGUGGGCGCCAACUUUUUCCUGACCAUCAGUGUCCCCACCGGCCCUGCCGCUGCCCUGGAUCUACAGGAAGUGGAGAGCCGGGUGGAUGGCUUCAAGAGCUUCACCAAGAAGAUGGAUGAGAGUACCAUGCAGCUCACCCACACCGCCAAUGAGUUUGCCCGUAAGCAGGUCACUGGUUUUAAGAAGGAGUACCAGAAGGUGGGGCACUCCUUCAAGGGCCUCAGCCAGGCCUUCGAGCUGGACCAGCAGGCCUUUUCUGCCAACCUCAACCAAGCCCUUGCCUUCACGGGGGAAGCUUACGACGCCAUUGGGGAAUUCUUUGCAGAGCAGCCCCGACAGGACCUUGACCCUGUGAUGGAUUUGUUAGCACUAUAUCAGGGGCAUCUGGCCAACUUCCCAGACAUCAUCCAUGUCCAGAAAGGUAACAUC